AUGGAGGAAAAAAAAGACGUACAGAAUGAGCAAUUGAAGGAAUCCAUGUACUUAAAAUCGGGAUAUCAAGAAGAACCAUGCAGUCUACAAUACUACUUUGAUCAAAUGGCAAUGUGUUUGACAGUUACUUCGCAAAUUCGACACUAUUACCGGUAUGGAGAUUACAAUAAAUGCAAAGGAGCAUUCACAGACUUUAAGUGGUGUUUGUCUACAAAAUCGAAAAGCCCAGAGGAACAGCAGAAAAUGUUGCAACAACGUCGACUGGAUCAAUGGGUGGAAUUACGAGAAGGACCAAACAGUGAAGAUAUUUGGAACGUGCGGACCCAACCAAAAGAUUAG